UAAUAUUUCUUUCCCUAGAUUUUUUAGUGAGAAAGCGCGGGAGCGAGAGCGCGCCUUGGAUCUAGGCUAGUGGCGGCGGCAGCGGGAUGGAGGAGGAAAGCGAGGUCAUGACGAUCGAGGAGUUUCUGGAGAACCAGGAAGCGGAGGAAGAGAGCGCCGAUCUUGUUUUUGGUGGCGAUGAGGGCAAGGAAUGCACGUACAACGAGGGAUACAUGCCUCGGCAGGCCGUGUUCUCGUGCUUGAGUUGCGCGCCCCAGGGGAAUGCCGGGAUUUGCACGGCUUGUUCUUUGGCUUGUCACGAUGGACAUGAGAUUGUGGAGCUUUGGACAAAAAGGAACUUUCGAUGCGACUGUGGCAACUCCAAGUUCGGUGGGAAAGACUGCAAGCUUUGGAAGGAGAAAGACGCCGAGAACAAAGAGAAUGCUUACAACCAGAACUUUGUGGGGCUUUACUGCAUUUGCCACCGCCAGCAUCCAAACCCCGAGGACGAACACCUCGGUGAAAUGCUGCAGUGCUGCAUUUGCGAGGACUGGUUUCAUGAAGCUCACCUUGGUCUGCUAUCCUCGGAGAAGGUGCCAAGGGACGAGGAUAAUGAGCCCUUGUUUGACGAACUGAUCUGCCAAAAUUGUGUUGGACGGUGUAGUUUUCUCUUUCGGUACCAGGAGCUUCUUAUUCCGCCUGGUAUACCAGACGAAACCCAUCCAGUUGAGCAGUCUGGAACAAGCACGGAGGCUCCUGCCAACGUUGCAGUCGAACAAACAAUGGGAAGCAAGGCCGAGAAAUCCGAUGCUUUAACUUCCGGAAAGAAAGAAGAAGGCUCCGUGAGGAAUGGAGUUUCGGAUGUGGCUGGCUGCUCUCAAUCCAGCAAUUCCAUUUGCAAGCUCAAGCCAGUCAACGUGAACGAGGAGACUGGAAACUGCUUCGGAAAGGCUCUGUUUUUGGAGAGAAGCUGGAGGACCAGUCUCUGCCAGUGUGAUUCCUGCGUGGAGCUGUACAAGACCAGAGGAUUGAGCUUUCUUCUGGACAAGCUGGACACACUUCAGUCCUACGAAGCAUUGGCGAAGGAGAGGCGAAAGACACGGAUGGAACAAGCCGAAGGUGCCAGCAUGAAGCUUCUAAAUAACUUGGACCACGUCGCGAAGGUGGAGUUCCUUCAUGGUCUCAACGACAUGACAUCUGAGCUGAGCAGCUUCCUUGGCGAUUUCCGCGACACGGGAAAGACUGUGACGAGUGCGGACGUCUACGAGUUCUUCGACCGGCUGAAAAAGAGACGCAAGCUGUAGCUCCUGUCCGAAGUUAAAAACUUGUUUUUUAUUUGAUAGGUACUUUGGGAAAACCCUAGGAGCGAAGAUCGCCCUUGCAAGGUUCUCGAAAAGAAUGUCGACCACAGUGGCUGGAACAAUGAGCAUUGUGGAGCACGUCGUCUUCUUCAAAGUGAAGGAAGAGACUCCCGAAGAGAAGAAAGUGGCUAUGGUGAGAGAACUCAACGCUCUCAAGUCACUGGAGGGAGUCCUCCAUCUCAAAGCCGGGCCAGCUUUGCGACUCUGGCCGUCGCACCACAAACUCAGUGGAGGAUUUACCCACGUCCUCCACAGCAGGUACUCGGACAAGGCAGGCUUGUCCGCUUACUCGGCUCAUCCUUCUCACGUCAGCGUGGUGGAGAAGUUUGUGAAGCCGAUCGCGGAGGACAUUCUGGCCAUGGACUGGGAAGCUCGGGUCGCUGCUCCUCUAGAGACUGGAUUUGGAGCAAAGAGAGUGGUGGCUUGCAAACUUAAGGAUGAUCCGGAGAAGAACAGGGGGAAGCUUGUGGAUCGGCUAACAGGGAAAACUCCAGCAAGCGCAGGUGUUAACUUCUCUCCAGGGCGAGCUAAAGGUUUCAACUUUGGAAUUUUGUCACUGGUGGGAAGUGUUGACGAGCUUGAGAACCCGGAGAUCCUGGAGGGCAGUCUUGGUAGCAAUCCCCAAGUUGAGAGUUUGAUCGUCCUGGAUUACGCGAGUGGCGACGAGCGAGCUGAGAGCAGCGAGAGCUCAGCGAAAAUGUGACAAGAAGACAAGAAGAAGAAUCUCUUCAAGUUCAACUUUAAACAGUUGGAAAUCUAAGAUGAUAAAUCCCAAAGACAUUUCCUUUCUUUUAA